CUGGCAGUGGCUGCUGAUUGCCUUGUGUAUCUGGGGAGGGCGGUGACGUCACCUGCUGUCUGAUUCCCAAAGAGACACAGAUCCUGGCGCUGCUGCACCUGUGCCGCCUGCUGCCUGACACUGUGCCCACCCGGCUAUGCCCGCAUCCCUGCCAGCCUGAGCUGCUUCUCAUCAUGACCAGAGGGAGACUGCAGCAGCCGCAGACAGAGGAGAGCAGGGGCUGCCCCCAUGCCUGAGGCCUCAUCGUACACAAAGGCAGCAGUCAGCUGAGCUCAGCCAUCAUCAUCAUCAUUCUUACCAGGAGAGGGGGUGAUGCCAGGGAGCCUGCCCUGAGAGCUUCUGAGUGACGGUCAUCUGAGUGAUCCACAAUGGCAGUGCUACGGCAGCUGUGGCUCCUUCUAUGGAAGAAUUACGUCUUACAGAAGCGUCAGGUCCUGGUGACGGUGAUUGAGUUGGCGCUGCCGCUUCUGUUUUCUGUUAUCCUUAUUGCAUUGAGGCAUAGGGUUGAGUCGGUGAACCACCCCAAUGCUAAAAUAUACGAGAACAUAGGCUUUCUCAACUUGCCCAGUAUCUUUCGGAAUACGGGGCCUUGGGAGUUAGCAUAUGUUCCGUCCAAUAGUAAUGUCGUGCGGGAAAUUGUGGGAAAAGUGGAGAAGAAGCUGGCCAUUGAUAUCCAUGCCCGAGGAUUUCCCACAGAAGGAGAUUUUGAGAAGUUUAUAAGACAUGGCAACCAGUCGGGCCAAGUGCUGGCAGCCUUAGUCUUCGACCAUGCUUUUAAUAACACCGAUGAUCCAUUACCAUUACAGGUCCGCUACAAGUUGCGAUUUAAGUACAGCCCUCGCAAUGUUCCAAUAUCUGAGCAGUCUGGACUUAACCCAAAUGUGGACCGGAACUGGCACACAAGAUACUUAUAUCCGCUCUUCCAGCUUCCAGGUCCUCGCGAAGAAAAUGAUUCUACCGGAGGCACACCAGGAUACUUCAGAGAGGCCUUUCUGGCAGUGCAGCACCAUGUGGAUCGGGAAAUCAUUUACUACCAUGCCAAUGAAACAGGACGGGCCCUCUUGGAAAACAUUGAUGUCUCCCUCCGACGGUUUCCCUUCCCACCUUACGUCAAUGACCUCUUCAUCCUGGCUAUCCAGAAUCAGCUUCCUCUGCUUAUCAUGCUCAGCUUCACCUAUACCUCCCUGAGCAUUGUACGGGCGUUGGUCCUGGAGAAAGAGCGGAAGCUGAAGGAGUACAUGCGUGUGAUGGGACUGAAGUCCUGGCUUCACUCGACUGCCUGGUUCAUCCAUUUCUUCCUAUUACUUUUGGUGUCCAUAUUUUUCGUCACUCUACUUCUCUGUGUUCAGACCAGUGACAAGGGGGCAGUGCUCACUCGGAGUGACCCCACUGUGGUCUUUGUCUAUCUCCUGGUUUUUGCAGUGUCCACCAUCUCCUUCAGUUUUAUGAUCAGCAGCUUCUUCUCACGAGCAAAUGUGGCAGCAGCUGCCGGUGGUUUCCUGUAUUUCUUCUCCUACAUCCCGUACUUUUUCAUUUCCCCCCGUUACGACAGGAUAACUCAUAGCGAGAAGCUGGCAUCUUGUCUCAUUUCCAACGUGGGCAUGGCCAUGGGCGCUCAACUUAUCGGCAUGUUUGAGGGCAAAGGUACAGGAACUCAGUGGUCAAACCUGCUAACCCCAGUCAGUGUGGAUGACAACUUCACUCUGGGUCAAGUCAUGGGAAUGCUGCUGGUGGAUUCUGUGGUGUACUCAGUCAUCGGGUGGUAUGUGGAGUCUAUUAUGCCUGGAGACUAUGGAGUUCCCCAACCCUGGUACUUCUGCUUUCUGCCUUCGUAUUGGUGCGGGACUGCUAGAGAUGCAGAAUUCCUAGAAAAGGAAGAUGAUGAAGAUCCUGAAAAAGCCUUGAGAGGGGAGUACUUGGAAGAAGAACCCGCAGACCUGACACCGGGCGUUCGUAUUAAACAUUUAACGAAGGCAUUCCGUGUGAACGGUAAGAGGCGUGUUGCAGUGCGGGAUCUCACACUUAACAUGUAUGAAGGACAGGUUACUGUAUUACUAGGGCACAAUGGAGCCGGCAAGAGUACUACCUUAUCUAUGCUGACAGGCCUUCUUCCCCCAUCUUCUGGUGAAUGCUACAUUGGAGGGUAUGAGAUUUCUCGAGACACCUCUCUUAUCAGGCACAAUCUUGGACUUUGUCCUCAACACGACGUCUUAUUCCAGGGUCUUACUGUGGAGGAGCACCUAUAUUUUUACGCAGCGCUGAAAGGAUGUCCCCAUUGGCGCUGCCCAGAAGAGGUGAACAAGAUUUUGGAAAUCCUAAGAAUUGAGGAGAAACGUAAAGCAUUGAGCACCCAGCUGUCAGGAGGAACCUGCCGAAAACUCUCCAUUGGGAUUGCCUUAAUAGGAGGGUCCAAGGUUGUCAUGUUAGAUGAGCCUACAUCUGGAAUGGACCCAGCCUCUCGUAGGGACACAUGGGAGCUUUUACGGCAGCACAAACAUGACCGCACCCUCCUCCUCACCACACAUUUCAUGGACGAAGCUGAUAUUCUAGGAGAUCGAGUUGCCAUUCUUGCCCAGGGACAGCUGCAAUGCUGCGGUUCUCCUCUCUUCCUCAAAGGCAAAUAUGGUGCUGGGUACCAUAUGGUGAUCGUGAAGCAGCCGCACUGCCAAGUGGAAGAAAUCACAGACCUUGUUACCAGCUAUGUCCCCAAUGCCACUAUGGAGAGUAAUGCCGGGGCAGAACUUUCUUACGUUUUGCCCAAAGAGAGUACCCACAGGUUUGAGCCGCUGUUCUCUGAGCUGGAGCUUCGUCGUGAGGAGUUGGGUAUCGCCAGUUAUGGAGCGUCGGUCACCACUAUGGAGGAAGUCUUUUUAAGGGUAGGGAAGUUAGUAGACAGCACUCUGGACAUACAGGCGAUACAGCUGCCGGCUCUUCAGUAUCAGCAUGAGCGACGGGCGCAUGACUGGUCUACGGAGGAGUCCUGCUCUAUGAGUGACUGCACAGAGGACAGCGGCACCCUGAUCACUGAGGACUGCUCCAGUAUCAAGCUGAAUGGAGGGUGUUCCCUCUGGUGCCAGCAGUUCUACGCCCUUUUUGUAAAGCGAGCUUCUUAUAGCUGGAGAAACUGGAAGAUCGUUGUGGGGCAGUUCUUGGUGCCCUUGGUGUUCACCACCUUGGCCCUGGUUGUAGGAAAAACGUUCCCUGGACCUCAAGACUCCCCACCGCUGGAGCUAAACUUGGCACCAUACGGGCGUACAGCAGUGCCGUACUCGGUGCCACCUAAUGCUUCACUCCUACUGCAGACCCUGGCGGAGAACUUCCGACUCCAGUUGGAUGAGAAGCACGCCGAGCCCCAGGAAGUGAUGGGUGACCUUGAUGAAUAUCUUCUGGAGAAAGCAACCGACGAGGGCGCCCUGUUUGCUGAACACUGCUUGUGUGCCGCAGAGAUCCUAAGUGUCGGCACGCGCUACAAUGUCACCGGCCGCUUCAAUAACCAGGCCUACCACACGGUGGCUGUUGCCCUGGCACUGGCUGAUAACACCCUGCUCAGACUGGUGGCUGGUGCCAAUGCUUCUAUUACAGUAACAAACCACCCGCAACCACGAAACACCACUGAGACCGCUCGGGAUCAGCUUCUUGAAGGUCAGACAGGAUUUGCCAUUGCUGUUAAUCUUCUAUACGGAAUGGCCUCCCUGGCUAGCACGUUCUCCUUGUUACUUGUUGGGGAGAGGGCAGUGAAGUCUAAGCACGUGCAGUUUGUGAGCGGAGCGUCGUCCUUCAGUUACUGGCUGUCAGCGCUCACCUGGGAUUUACUUAACUUCCUUAUCCCAUGUGCGUUCAUGCUGGUGGUGUUCCAGGCCUUCGGCGUGCGCGCGUAUACGGACGAUCACCACCUGGUGGACGUGAUGCUGAUGUUACUCCUGUACGGCUGGGCCGUUAUUCCCCUUAUGUACCUGUUCAGCUUUCUCUUCACCUCCACUGCCACCGCCUACACCCGCCUCACUAUCUUCAACAUUCUGUCGGGCACUGCCAGCUUCUUAUCAGUCACUAUCAUGAGCAUUCCAGCCCUGGGCUUAGUGGACCUUUCUCACACCCUGGACCUUGUAUUCUUAGUGCUCCCAAAUUAUUGCUUGGGGCGAUCGUUCAGCGACUUCUACCAAAACUACCACUUCCUGGAAUUCUGCACUUCUUUUUUACCGCUUUCCGACAUUGUCUGCAAGAAACUGAAUAUCACCUAUCAAACCAACUAUUACUCCUUCUCUGCGCCAGGAGUGGGGCGCUACCUGACAUCCAUGGCCGUUCAGGGCUUGACCUUCCUUUGCCUUCUCUUUAUUAUCGAGAGCCAAGUCCUCUGCCAGCUGUUUCGGUGCAGACGCCAGAGCUGGUCUUCACUGCCGGAGUCUCCAGUGGGUCCUUCGGAGGACCGGGACGUGGCCGAUGAGAGGAAGAAGGUGUUGGAGUCUCCAGUGGAGCAGCUGUCUGGACUUGGUAGCCCGUUGGUCAUCCGAGAACUCAGCAAGGUCUAUGGCCGCCGGGCUCUACUUCUCGCGGUGGACCGCAUAUCUCUGGCUGUGGGUCGUGAAGAAUGCUUUGGUUUGCUUGGUUUUAAUGGAGCUGGUAAGACCACCACAUUCCGAAUGCUGACAGGAGACGAAAGCGUCAGCUCUGGGGACGCCUACAUCGAUGGCUACAGCAUCCUGCAGAACACAAAGAAGGCCCAGCAGCGGAUCGGCUAUUGUCCACAGUUUGACCCCUUACUGGAGCAUAUGACUGGCCGAGAAACCCUGUGCAUGUAUGCUCGUCUGCGGGGGGUCCCUGAGAUGUACAUCAAUAGCUGUGUAGAGAACAUGCUGCGGGGGCUCCUCCUGGAAGCUCAUGCUAAUAAACUAGUGAGGGCAUACAGUGGAGGAAACAAGAGGAAGCUCAGUGCCGGAAUUGCUUUGAUUGGUGGUCCGCCAGUCAUCUUCAUGGAUGAACCAUCUACUGGAAUGGACCCAGUGGCUCGGAGAUUACUGUGGGAUGCAGUGACCAGAACACGAGAGAGCGGGAAGGCUGUGAUCAUUACUUCACAUAGCAUGGAGGAGUGUGAAGCUCUCUGCACGCGACUCGCCAUCAUGGUAAAUGGUCAGCUCAAGUGCCUCGGCAGUCCUCAGCACCUGAAAUGCAAAUUUGGUAGUGGAUACACACUACUAGCCAAGACUUCUAGAGGUGGAGAUGAUCUGGUUGCCUUCAAAGAUUUCGUGGAGACAGUCUUCCCAGGUAGCCAGCUUAAACACGAGCACCAGGGUAUGGUCCAUUACCAUAUAACAAACCAGAACCUGAGUUGGGCACAGGUGUUCGGAACCUUAGAAAAAGCCAAAGAGAAGUUUAAUCUUGAGGAUUACUGCGUGAGUCAGAUCUCACUGGAGCAAGUCUUCCUGAGCUUCAGCCAUUUCCAGCAGCCACCCGAGGUGGUCGUGGUAUAGAAGAACUUAGAUACUCCGGAAGAACCACAGAGAUUGCUGUGAGAGAUCUCCAUGGACUGCAGACACUAUGGCGCGGAUGGACUGUCUACUACUGUUCCGUCCACGGUUUGCCCUCCGUACCACUUUCUCCGUCCACGGCUUCUACUUUUGCCGUCUAGCCAGGACUUGCACAUUCCUUAGUAGAAGAGCCAAGAUGUCCACGUCCGUCUAACCAUUUCAUUGUGAGAAAUAUCCGUCCAUAAUGAUCCUGGCCCCAUUGAAUGCUGGACUUUGUAACCAGCUUUAUCCUACGAUGAUGACCAAUCUCCUUCAGUGCCUCCAUCUAAGUUCAUUAUAUGAACAUCAACCUCCUCCCCACUGCAGUGUUUUCCAACCAGGGUUCCUCCAGCUGUUGCAAAACUACAGCUCCCAGCAUGCCCGGACAGCCGAAGGCUGUCCGGGCAUGCUGGGAGUUGUAGUUUUGCAACAGCCAGAGAUCACUACUCUGAUAUUGUGAGUAAUUUUGUAUUCCAAAAAAGUUUUGCAACAGCUGGAGGCACCCUGGUUGGGAAACACUGCUUUUAGACUCUCGUUUUACUUCCGUCCUUCUAGCCUGGGAAUGUCUGCACUGAAAUCUGGAUUUACCACUGACUACUGCACACUAGACAUAUGAGGCACCGAUGGAUCUACUACCUGAUGAUUGUAAGGUCACCCCCCCCCCCUUCCCCCCACCCAAAAUUGUUUUACUGCUGGAAUGGAAUGCAAAUUUUUUUUUUAAAUAAUGGACAUUUAAAGGGAGCUCGAUAUAUAAGGGAAUUAAGGUAUUAAACAAUGGACUUGUCAAUGCAACUGCUGUCUUACCAUUAAGGACUGGUAGCUCUACACCCGCAGUGCCUUCUAGCUCCGCCGAGUGCCCAGACGGCGGUACCAGGAGCUUUAAGGAAUGUCAACUUCAAGCUAGGGGAGUGUUCCCUGUACUGUGGCUCUCCAGCAGUUGCAGAAUUACAUCUCCCAUCAUGCUCUGACAGCCCAAGGUGGGCGUUGUAGUUCUGUUGCCGCCGGAGGGCCACAGGUUGGAUAACACUGAUCUAGGGAGUAAUACUUAAAGGGGUACUCCACUGCCCCAGCGUUCGGAACAUUUUGUUACAAACGCUGGGUGCGAGCUGCCGGGGUUGUGCCAUCACGUCCCCUCAAUGUAAGUCUAUGGGAGGGGGGGCGUGGCAGCUGCCACGCCCCCCUCCCAUAGACUUGCAUUGAGUGGGCAUGGCAGCCGCCAUGCCCCCCUCCCAUAGACUUGCAUUGAGGGGGCAUGACCGUGACCUCACGACCCCCGCAGCUCAUACCCAGCGUUCGUAACAAAAUGUUCCGAACACUGGGGCAGUGGAGUACCCCUUUAACAUAUUAUCCUUUUAGUCUUAAAGAUCAGAAGGCUGAAGUGAAUGUAUAUGCUCCGUAUGGACAGCUCUGCAUGGUCGGCACCAAUAUGACCCUUGUUGCGAAACUAACCCCAAAGCUUGUGUUCUUGUGUGAAGAGCCAGGGAAACAAUGUGUGUGGUGCUCUGUCCGGUCCCUUAGUCCUUGGAACACAUUUUUGACUGCUCCAAGCAGACGUUUGAUUGUAAAAACUCAAUAAAUCUUAUUUAUGCUGCUCUUUUGAAAGACACCGACUUUGUAUAAU